GUCUAUGUCUCUUGUCAGAUGGUGAGACCAAGUUUAAAAUUUCAUAAGAAGGAAUUUUUGAAGAAGUAAAAUUACACAGGACUAAUGAGGAAGAUUCUAGAAGGGAACAGUUCCCAGGAACUUGAGUUUGGAAGAACUCUGAAGAAAAUGAAAGUUCCAAAAUUCAGGAAGGAAAAAACUCUACAAAGGAAAGUCUGAAGAGAGGAAAAAGACUUAAGGCAAGUGAGAGUCAAGGACAAGCAAAUUUCUUCAAGAAGAGGAGUUGGAAAUAUAAAGAACUUCCUUCAUUUUAAAAAAUUCACAUCAGGAAGAACCAGGAGAUAACCUCAAAAAUUUAAAAGAAAAAGAGGCACACACAUUAUAAUCUCAGAUUCCAAAGUCUUUUGCUCUAACGAUUCAAUUUCAGAGAAGGUAGGAGAUUAAAGGGGCAAAGGAAAUCCUAAAAAAGAACAAUGAAGAGAGAAAGGAGAGGUUUCAGGCAAGUGGCAGUCAAAGGCAAGAAAAACUCUGCCAAAGAAAGAAGCCAGAAAUGUAGACAGUCUGGAAAUAGGUUUUGUCAGAACUCGCAUCUCAUUUCACAACAAAAAAUCCACAUUGCAGAUAGACCCUAUGCCUGCAAAGAGUGUGGAAAAACAUUCAGUCAGAGUGCAAACCUUACUGUGCAUCAAAGAAUCCAUACUGGGGAGAAACCUUUUCUUUGUAAUGAGUGUGGGAAAAGCUUUAGUCAGAGAUCUCAUCUUAUUCGACAUCAGAGAAUCCAUACUGGAGAAAAGCCCUAUGAAUGUAAUGAGUGUGGGAAGACCUUUAGUCAGAGCUCAAAUAUGAUUGUACAUCAGGGAAUCCACACUGGGGAGAAAUCUUAUGAAUGUGAUGAAUGUGGGAAAGCCUUCCGUCGGAGUUCAGGACUUACUGUCCACCAGAGAAUCCACACAGGGGAGAAGCCAUAUGAGUGUAAUGAAUGUGGGAAAGCUUUCAGUUGCAGCUCAUAUCUUAUUGUACAUCAGAGAAUACAUACUGGGGAAAAACCCUAUCAGUGCAAUGAGUGUGGGAAAGCCUUUAGUCAGAAUUCCCAUCUCAUUCUCCAUCAGGCAACUCAUUCCCGAAAGAAACACCAGAUUCCUCCAUUGGUUAGAGCUCAGUGUUAAUGGCAUCAAGCACUUAUAUUGAUUCCUUGUUCUGUAGCCACAGUCUACUCAGAUUAAUCAUUUCAUAAAUGUCUACUUUUGCUCACAAUCUAAAUUCAACAAGCAAUUUAUAUGACUGCAGAGGGACAACAUGUUACUUUGCACUUGUAUGUUGAUUUGUGAUUGCAUUUCAUUUCUUUUCACAUCAGAGGUAUAUAGCCUAAUUAGAUCUCAACCAGUUAGGCUAUGCACUCAGUCAUUUCCAAUUUUGAAAAUAAAAUGAACACCUUAAUUUAUUAGUUGCUUUUUAAAUAUAAUAAAUAAUUGUUAAUUCAUAACCAGAUAAAUUUUUUCACUGAUUAAAUAUAAAACCUUGAUUCAGCCUGAUUAGGAGAGGGCAGUCCCUGAAUCAAGCGAAAAUAAAAUUCCAACUUGAACUUUUUUCCAGACUGCUGGAAACAUAGUUUUCUGAUCAUCUGUGUCUAAAGAGUUGUCCCAUAAACAAAUGUGAAAUUGAUCCGUCAAUCUAUGAUUUUGGAAACCAUCAGAGAAGACUUAAAAAUUUAAAACCAUCCCCAAAUGCAAUUACUUGCGCCUUUAUAGAAUUCAAUUUUUUUUUUUUAGUGCUAAAUAGAUAUUUAGAUAUAGAUAGUGAUAAAUAGAUUGCAAUUAAUCUCAUUCAUUUUGUAGAUGAGGUGUAGAUGAGUUUCACCUUAGUUGUGAAACUAAGGUCACACAACAUGAAAUGGCUUACCUAUGCCACAUAAUUGAUAAGUGGCAAAGCUGAAACUUGAAUGCAGAUCUGAUGAAGUCUAACUACUAUUAUAGUUAUAGUAGAUUUAUACUUAGUAUUAGUUUGGUUGCCUUGAUGCAAAACUAGCCUCCUUGCCCUAUUCUUCCUACCUUCUUCCUGUAUCAGUUUUGCAAGGUUGAUGUCAUUUUUGACAUGUUUCUUACCAACUUUACGCAAUUGAUCACCAAAUCAUGGUGAAUCUUCAUUAUUCUUGAAUUGUUAGGACAGCUAUCUUUCCCUAAUCACUUCCCAUUCCUAUUAGUCUUGUCCCCAGUUACUGAAGGACCUCCCCUUCAGAAUCAGUCAACAAGCAUUUAUUAAAUACCUUAUAUAUGUGCUGUAUUAAAUGCUAGGGAUUCAAGGGCAAACAGUCCCUGCCUUCAGACAGUUCACAUUCUGAUGGAAGCAUAAAGCUUGUAAACAAAUAUGUAUGUAAACUCUCUAUAGAGUAGAUGGAAAAUAAUCUUCCAGGGAAAGCACUAAGAUCUGGCAUGGAUGGGAGGUGUCAUUCUGCAGAAGAUAGGAUUUGAGCUGAAUGUUGAAAUCAGAAUCUAACUAUGGAGCAGAGCAUUUCAGUUAAGGAAUGUUUCAUACAGAGAACAUCGUGUGUAGCUGGAUGUUAGAACUCAUAGAGGAUAGUAAAGUAGAAGACUGGAAAGGUUAUGAAGGGCUUUCUGUGCUAAACAUGAUUUUAUAUGUGAUAUUGGAGGUAAUAAAUUACUUGAGUUUGAGCAGAGGCAUGACAUGGUUAGAUUUUAGGAGGAUCACUUUGGAGGCUGAAUAAAAAAUUGAAUUAGAGUGGAGAGAAAUAAGAGACCAGUUAAAAGGUUAUUGAGGCUAGAGGAGAGGUGACUAGGACUUGUAUCAGAAUGAUGACUGUACAAAUAGAGAGGAGAGACAUUGUGAAGGUAAAAGUCAUGAUUAUAUAUGUCAGAUAGCUAGCAAGUGGCCAAAGUGAUGGCUUUGGGAUCAAGAAGGCCAGGAUUCAGACCUGUUCUUAGAUGCUUACUAGCUGUGACUUCUAGCAAGUUAUUUAAUUUGUUUGCCUCAGUGUCCUUAACUACAAAAUAUGAAUGAUGAUAAAAACACUUUCCUAAGGUUGUGAAGGUCAGAUGAAAUGGUUAAGUGCUUAGCAUAGUGGCACACAGUA